CGCGCGUGACGUCAGAACGAUUGAAUCACUGGCGGGAGAAAACAUUCCAACAAACGCUUCCAGUUGCCCGACGUGUCAGCAGCGUUAUAUAAUUUAUAGAGGUCAAAUGAAUACAUAAACCUACAAGAGUUACGUCGAUUUUGGAGUUUGUUUGCAUACUUUACAGCGUGAGAAAUGGUGGCCAAGGGACAGAAGCGCAAACUUCACAGAGAGGACGAGGGAGGAGGAUCUGCGUGGAGAAGUCAGCUGCAGUCCGUGUUGGACAUCUCCAUGGAUAAGUUUCACCGUGACCAGGCUCUCGUGGAGCCCUGCUUAUUACGGUCGGUUCUGAUCAACAACACACUGCGGCAGGUCCAGUCUGAGGUCCGGGCGCAGGUCGAAUCUCUGUCCACUGUAAAUAAUCCCACAAAAUCAAAACCAGAGGCCAAUUUCCCCCAGUUGGUCUCCUCAGGAGAGCAUCAUACACCUCUGUUCUCGCUGAAUGCUGAAAAUACGGAUGACGAUUUCAUGGCCUGGACUUCAGAGGAGGAUUUCUCUUUAUCUUCAGCCAUUUCUUCCAUUCUUAAAGAUCUAGAGGCCAGUCAAGGGCCUUGUGCAUCUCAGCGGGCUCCGCUCAGCUCUGUAAACAGUCGAACACAGCGUCCUCCGAGGACUGAGAGAACGUCUGACAUGGCACCGUCCGUCAAAACAGAGCUGAUUUGUCCAGGUUGUCUUCAGGAUGUAGGUCUAGACAGACUUCUCCUAGACAUCGACACGGCUGUGUUUGAACCCGAGGUGAACCUUCUGCAAGGUUUCUCGGUCAUGGCAGACGAUCUAGUGAAGUAUCUGCCAUCCCUGUCCAAAUCCACAUCGGCAUCCUCUUCCUCCUCUUUAGUCUCUCACGGUCAGGCAACGUGGGAAAUCCAGGAGAUAGAGCAUGUCAUGGACAUCCUGAUGCGAACGUACCCGCAAAGCUGAUUUUGAUGAUACGGUGUCUCGAUAUUGAGGUUAUAAACCGUGUUUCUGGAGGUACUUCGACUGAGUAACACGAGGGAUUGAAUGAGACAAACUGAUUAUGAUAUUUACUAGCUUCUCAUGUUCAGAGUAGUUGAUCUCAAUGUCAGCAGUCUUUGUCAUCUUGCACAUCUCUUGUUCUGUUAAAGAAAUGAUCUGAAAAACAGAUUCAUUCAAAGUGUCAUUUAACAAAGUUCAGUGACUGUUAAACACAAUUGUUUUGAAGGGAGUCCUUACAACUGUGCCUUUUUAGUUUUUUAUUACUUUAUGAAAUAAUGUUUUACUUAAAUACGCACUUUCCAUUGAGUCAAAUCUUUACAUGGUUUGCGGGUUACUAUUUGGAGUGACCUUUACAUAAAGGUCAUUAAAAUAUGAGAUUGUGUACGUUUGGUUUAAAGUUAUUAUAAUGUGCAGUUAAUGUUGCUAGAGUGUACUGAUGCUGUUUCAGCAGAUGAACAUGUGGAUGCAAAAGAUUGACUAUGUCAGUAUGAAAUUAUAACGUGAAUAUUAAUCACUCUUUCUAUUCUAGUGUUAUACUUCAAAUAAAGUGGUACUUGGUGACAUCAAAUGGCCAAAUGAUGAA